AUGUUGGUUUUUGCAAACAGUACUUCAUUUACAACUUUCAACAUGAAUGGUUUCCAUGAGUUAGGAGGAUGGAGGUCAAUUUUAUCCAUUCCUUAUUUACUUAUGUUUUUAUUAUCUAUUACAUUAAACUCCAUGCUAAUAUAUCUAAUCAUAUCUAAAAGGACUCUGCACUCUCCUAUGUGUGUAUUGAUCGGGCUUAUGGCUUUUGCAGACUUGUCUAUACCAAUAUUUUGUGUACCAAAUAUGCUGUUUAGCUUGUUAUUUAACUGGAAUGAAAUUUCUCUUGUGGGCUGCUUAAUACAAAUGUUUUUUAUUCAUUGCUUUGGCUCAUUUCAGUCUACUAUAUUGCUCUGGAUGGCCCUGGAUCGAUUCUUUGCUAUAUGCAGACCUCUGAAUUAUCACAAAUAUAUGGGUAUGCCCAACUUUCUAAAGUUUAUAAUUUUUCCAGUUAUCAGAAAUGUAUUAAUAAUUACUACAAUGAUAUACUGGGCUGGAAAAUUAUCUUACUGUUCAACAAAUGUGAUAGAUCACAGUUUUUGUGAACAUAUGGCACUGGUGCAGCUGGCAUGUGGAGAUACUUCAAUUAAUAACAUAAUUGGACUUAUGGCUGCUUUUCUUACAUUAACUGCUGAUUGUAUUUUGAUCACAGUUUCAUAUGUAGUAAUACUUGUUUCUAUACUGAAGUCAGGCAGGGCCAGCUUAAAGGCUUUUAACACCUGCAUUACCCAUAUAAUAGUCAUGGUAGUUACUCUUGUAUUCGCUUUAACCGCUUUUAUGUCAUAUAGAAUUAAAAAUAACUUAUCUUCUCCUAAUCGCAUUUUUUUAAGUACAAUGUACAUACUUUUCCCAAGCUGUUUCAACCCAAUUAUUUAUGGUGUUAGAACUAAGGAAAUAAGGGAGCAGUUUUUGAAUGUUAUUAGCCACAUGAUGUCUUCAUAA